CGUCCGCGCUGACUUCUCGCGGAACCGUGUCGCGAGAAUUAGCAAGUCCCGCGCUUGCGCACUGCAGCGGUGGCCAGCGGCGCGUCCGGCGCGUGAAGGGGAUCUAGCUAGUGGGAAGGCCAGUGCGGCUCGAGCCCCCGCCACCAUGAGCGGGACCUUAGCGAAGAUCGCGGAGAUCGAAGCCGAGAUGGCUCGGACUCAAAAGAACAAGGCUACAGCACAUCACCUUGGACUGCUUAAGGCUCGCCUUGCUAAGCUUCGAAGAGAACUCAUCACUCCAAAAGGUGGCGGUGGUGGUGGGCCAGGAGAAGGUUUUGAUGUGGCCAAGACAGGUGAUGCUAGAAUUGGAUUUGUGGGUUUUCCAUCUGUGGGGAAGUCAACUCUGCUAAGUAACUUAGCAGGAGUGUAUUCUGAAGUGGCAGCCUAUGAAUUCACUACUUUGACUACAGUGCCUGGUGUCAUCAGAUAUAAAGGUGCCAAGAUCCAGCUCCUGGAUCUCCCAGGUAUUAUUGAAGGUGCCAAGGAUGGGAAAGGUAGAGGUCGUCAAGUCAUUGCAGUGGCCCGAACGUGUAAUUUGAUCUUGAUUGUUCUGGAUGUCCUAAAACCCUUGGGACAUAAGAAGAUAAUUGAAAAUGAGUUGGAAGGCUUUGGGAUUCGCUUGAACAGCAAACCCCCCAACAUCGGCUUUAAGAAGAAAGACAAGGGAGGCAUUAAUCUCACAGCCACUUGCCCUCAGAGUGAACUAGAUGCUGAAACAGUGAAGAGCAUCCUGGCUGAAUAUAAAAUUCAUAACGCUGAUGUGACUUUGCGUAGUGAUGCCACAGCUGAUGACCUCAUUGACGUGGUUGAAGGAAACAGAGUUUAUAUUCCCUGUAUCUAUGUAUUGAAUAAGAUUGAUCAGAUCUCCAUUGAGGAGUUGGAUAUCAUCUAUAAGGUGCCUCACUGUGUACCCAUUUCUGCUCAUCACCGCUGGAAUUUUGAUGACCUUUUGGAGAAGAUCUGGGACUAUCUGAAACUAGUGAGAAUUUACACCAAACCCAAAGGCCAGUUACCAGAUUACACAUCUCCAGUAGUACUACCUUAUUCUAGGACCACCGUGGAAGAUUUCUGCAUGAAGAUUCAUAAGAAUCUUAUCAAGGAAUUUAAAUACGCUUUGGUCUGGGGUCUCUCUGUGAAACAUAAUCCUCAGAAAGUGGGUAAAGAUCAUACGUUGGAAGAUGAAGACGUCAUUCAGAUUGUGAAGAAGUGAAAUCCUAUUCCCAUCUGCUGGCUGGCACAGCAGUGUCCUUAUGACCAAGUACCUUCCUCAGCCCCUUCUGUCUUUGGCAGCCUCUGGAUUGGGAUGCAGGGAUGGAUAUGGAGACUUCCAAACUGGAAUGCCACUUUUUUUUUUUUUUUUUUUUUUUGGAGAUAGGGUUUCAUGUAUUUCAGGCUGUUUUUGAACUCUUUGCAAUUGAUGCUUACCUAGAAUUCCUUAUUCAUCAGUCUCCAUCUCCCAAGUGCUGUGCUUACGCUGUGUACCUGGAACACCUCAGCAACAUCACCUUCCCUACUUUGGUGUCACUUCUAUUGAACUGUAUAAAAACCUGGUGGGCCAACUGGCCAUGUGUCAUUCAUUGCCAGGUUUGCUGUGGGAGGAGGUAAAUGAGGAAACAUCUGCUCUGUCAUAGGAAAUGGGACAUGUGGUGUCCAUUUGUUCAUUGGUGGUGUGCUAUAAUGAUAGACUUUCACCUGGUCUUGGCUUUCUGUCCUUUUAAGUGGUCCUUCUCAGGACACUGGGCAGAGGAAGGUGUAAUAGGUAAAGUUAACUGUGGGUUUCCUCCAACACUGCUGUUUUGAGACUAGUCUGGGUAGCAGUGGCUGGAUUGCUGUGAUGAGGUGGAGUAGGGCUUGAGUUGAGAGUUUUCUAUUAGCUGUGCACUGAAAAAGAUGACUCAGUUUUAGUGAGCCUCAGUUUCAUCGUGUGAUACAGGAAUAGUGGGGCAAGGACAUUAACUUUUUAAGGUUGGGAUUGCUGGUAUUAAGGGGUGGGUUUUGGGAGUUGCUUAGCACAGUGUCAGUCACUGGAAAUAUUCACUGUAUGGUGGGUGGUUCCUGUUGCCACUCAGCCUGUUUUCUGUUGUUGUUGUUUUUUUGUUUUUUGUUUUUCUCUUGAAACAGGGUUUCUCUGUGUAGCCCUGGCUGUCCUGGAACUCACUCUGUAGACCAACUUUUAGAAGUCUCUGUGGUGCUUAUCACACACUGCCCUUUGCUCACGGCUUGUCCUGCUGCCCUAGAGCUAGCUCUUUUCCUUUCUCUGAGUUUAAUUAACACUGUCAUUGGAUUCAGGUUGGUCUCUCAAGCCUCAGUAUACCUACUGGUUUGUCACUGGGACAUUGACUGAUAGGAUAUGAUUGAAAGCCUGUCCCCACACUACAAUGACGAAUGGCUUUUAGAACUGGAAUUUCCGGCUCGGUUUCUUCCCCAGUGAGAGCCUAGAUUUUUGAGAGUCCUCAGGCCAAGCAAGAUUCACUUUGCUUAAACUUUGUACUUCCGGAUGCUGAAGAGAGAAGGAAAUCCAAAUCCUGUGCAAGGCCUCAGUUGUUUGAAGAGGUCUUGAGUCCAUUGUUUAGUACCCCUCUUCCCCACCCCCUCCCUGCCCAGUUGCCAGCCUGACAGGCUUUGAAAAGCUUUACUUCAGCCUGGUGUGGCAAAUGCCUAUAAUUCUAGCAUUUGGAAGGUAGAGGCAAGAGGGUUAGUGGUUCAGGAUCAGGCUUGAUGGCAUGCAUAAUAGUUCAAGGCUGGCCUUGACUUCAUGAGAUGAAGUCCUGCCACCGAACAUACAUUAAUUUACAUUUGCCCUUCUUUGGGGCUUAGACUUAAUGGUUCUGAAGGGAAGAUACUGUUUGUGUUAGAUAUGCCAUGUGGGAAUGUACUGCCAGUGGUAGGUGGUGUCAGGUGUUUCCAUGGUUCUGGCUUGUUACCCAAAAAAUUGAUACUAAGGCCUCAACAUGGAUUUGCACUAGAAGCAAGGUUUGGAGCAAAGCAGUAGUGUACAUUAUGGAAGGAUACACUGUCAGAUAGACUGCAGGCUGAGUGAGUGGGGGUACUUAAGAACCCAAGGCUAUAUAGCCUAGGGUCUCAAGGUGUCUAAAGGAAGGAAGGGUAGGUUACCAAUGAGCAGAAUUUGGGGUUCUCUAUUUUUAAAAAGUUUUAAAUGUUUAUAUCAAGGCAAGGUUUCUGUUGUCUUUGCUGGCCUGGAACUAGAUUGGUCUUGAAUUUACAGAGAUGAUCCUACUUCUGCCUCCCAAGUGCUAAUUAAAGGUGUGUGUUACCACGCCUGCCUUGGUGUUUUCUAUUUAUAGGUAUUUCAUUUUUCCUAUUGCAUAUAUCGCUUCCCAAAUUACAUCUCAUUUCAGUCAUCUGUGCACCCAAUCAUGAAUAGGCAUAAGAUGGUAUAUUAGAUUUCCCCUAAAAGUUACCUAGAAGUAACUUUUACUGCAUUACUGCACAAUGUACUCAGAACCAGUCAAGGCCAGAUCAGCCCUUCUAUUCAUACCUAUAAGCAAUGGUAAUAUCCUUUAAGAGGAACUUUCUAGAUUUAGUAUACUGUUCAGCUAUGGUAAUGUGUGUAGCCUGUUGCAGUUGAAGGUUUGAAAGCGGUUCUGGUAUGUUUGAAGAGGUUUAAAUCCAUAGUGUAGUUGGUAUAAAGACUAGGUUGCCUAGUCAAUUAUGAGAAGAUAUGUAUAAUGCAAACUAAGUAGGGUCUCAGAUUAAACUCUUAGGUUUUCUUGCCUCA